AAAAGAGAGAUAUAGAAGAAGAAAAAAAAAAAGAACAAAAGCGCCAUUAUCGGUAGAAGUUUGUGGUUGUUCCUUAAAAUCCGAUUUCUGAUUCCUUCCAUUUGGAUCCGAUUCUAUCUCCACCUUCAAGCAACUCUCUUCUUCUUCUUCUUAUUGCAAAAAAGAUUCUCUUUUUCUUGUUUUGUGGAUGAGAUUCUGGAUAAAACAAUCAUCUAUUUCUGAACAAUCAAUCUUAUAAGGACUCUCUCUCUCUCUGCUUCGAACUAAAGAUUCUUAGGAAGCUCUUGUUUUUGUCUGAUUUUACAGUUUUGUAAUUGUUCUACGAGUUAUAAAGUUGAUUCCUUUAAAACACCCUUGUGAAGAAUUUGUUCAAUUUUACAAUCCUGGCGAUAACAGAAUUGAAAAGGGUUCCAAAGGUUCCAUCACCUGAAAGCAACGGUUUUGAUUGUGUUGGUGGUUUGGAUUGUCUGAUAAGCUUAAUCAGGGCCCUUGAUAUGGGGUCCUGCUUAUCAUCUGGAGGUGGAGGAGGAGGAAGUAGGAGAGCUCUCCAUGGUGGUCCUCAUGUUCCUGGACCUGGGAGAAGGAGAAGGCCUGCCAAGAGGAGAUCUGGGUCUUGUAGUUCUUCUUUUGAUAAUACAGAGGAGCCUCUUCUUCAUAGGAUCCCUGGGAGGAUGUUUUUGAAUGGCUCUACGGACAUUGCCUCUCUGUUUUCUCAACAGGGCAAGAAAGGGCCUAAUCAGGAUGCUAUGAUUGUCUGGGAGAAUUUUGGGUCUAUGGCGGACACUGUUUUUUGUGGUGUUUUUGAUGGACAUGGUCCGUAUGGCCACAUUGUUGCAAAGAGAGUGAGGGAUUUGCUUCCACUUAAGUUAGGCUCUCACUUGGAGUCCUAUGUUUCCCCUGAGGAGGUUCUUAAAGAGAUCAGCCUCAACACUGGUGAUAGAAAGACCUCGGAAGACCUUGUACAUAUAUCUGCGAAUGGAGAAUCUCGAGUCUACAAUAAAGAUUACUUAAAGGAUCAAGAUAUGGUUCAAACACUAAUAGGCUCAAUUGUUAAAGCCUAUAGAUUCAUGGAUAAGGAAUUGAAGAUGCAAGUGGAUGUUGAUUGUUUUUCAAGUGGAACUACUGCUGUAACCAUGGUCAAGCAGGGUCGACAUCUUGUUAUCGGAAAUAUUGGGGAUUCAAGAGCGGUACUUGGUACGAGGAACAAAGAAAAUAAACUUGUUCCUUUUCAAUUAACUGAAGAUCUCAAACCAGAUGUUCCAUCGGAAGCAGAAAGGAUAAAGAGAUGCAAAGGACGUAUAUUUGCUCUUCGAGAUGAACCAGGGGUUGCCCGUCUAUGGCUUCCUAACCACAACUCACCUGGUCUUGCCAUGGCACGUGCUUUUGGAGAUUUUUGCCUCAAAGACUUCGGUCUCAUUUCCGUGCCUGACGUGGCUUACCGACGCCUCACUGAGAAGGAUGAAUUUGUUGUCUUGGCAAGUGAUGGGAUUUGGGAUGUAUUGACGAAUGAAGAGGUUGUAGAGAUUGUAACCAAAGCAGCAACACGAUCCUCAACAGGUCGAGCCUUGGUGGAGGCUGCAGUGCGGAAUUGGAGAUGGAAGUUCCCGACUUCAAAAGUGGACGACUGUGCCGUAGUUUGCCUCUUCCUUGACUCCCAACCAAACAGAUUAUCAACUGCCUCUUUCUCAAAGGAAAAACACAUCAGCAAUGCCGUUACUGAACCUGAACCAGACACAGCAUCAACAUCAACAUCAACUCCAGACUCAGGAACCGGUUCGCCUGAGCUAAAUGGAGUAAAGAGAAUCGACACACUUGUGAAUCUCCCAGUAUAUGUGCCUACGAAAGAGUAGUAAGAUGGAACAGAGGCAUGAGCUCAAUGCCUCUUAUGCUCUAUGUUUCAUUCAACAGUAACUGUUUUGGUAACUUCACUUGGGGUAAAUUAGUAUUACACGCCCGCUUCUGUGUGGCUGAUUGUAUAUAUCUUCUCUUCCAAAUCAUUGUAAUACUUUUGCUGCAACUCCUCUGUUAAUAAAAUUAUGAAGCUGCAAUUGUUUUUUCCAUA